UGCAGGGAGAGGUUCGUCUGCGUCGCUUUCAUUCGCGCGCUUUAACGCCCGUCAGGAUUUCUCGUGAGAACUUGUCGUAAGUGACACAUCGAUCGUUACCGCGAUCCUCGAGCGUGUUUACUCCGCAUUUUCGCGGUGAUAUUCAAUCUCCAUCGCGGUUAUACGCUCGCGCGCGCGCGCGCGCGAUCCUUACGUUCGCGCUCGGGUAAACAACGGAGUGGUGUGCAGUGUGCCAGCGCGUGUGACGCGGGUAUCAGUGUUGCUCGCGGCGCUCGACGACGCCGCCACCGCCUUCCGAGAAGAGAGCGGAGACGAAGAGGCGGGAGUGAAGUAAUAGUAUAGAUCGAAAAAUAAACGUGUGCCGUCGGGGCAAGUGAGGAAAUUUUUCGGGCCAGUGUUUCUCCGAAAAACGACGACGUAGGUGACGACGUAGGUAGUUUACUCCUUCCUUACCGACCGAAAAAAAAAUAAAAAUAAAAGAAAAAGGUUAAGUCGCAUCCGUCGCAUUUGUAGAGCACAAAGAAAAGACGCGGACACGGCCGUCGCCGAGGAGAUCGAGUUGUCCUCGAGUCCUCGCUCGCCUCGUCCCGUCGGCUUGUGCGCGCGCUGUGCAUGACUCCGAAUGAACGCGACGACCAGCCUCACCUGACCCGGCGAGCCGCGAGAGGGAAGGAGAGAGGCCGCUACCGACCACUGCCCGCGCGAGUGUAAAGGGGAGGAGGAGGGUGUGUGUAACACGUUUAAGCGACCGGUCUCCCCCGCGCUCCCGAUGAGACGGUAGUGACGGAUGGAUUGGUGGCGACCGCCGAUGGAUUUUCGGCGGGGAAACGGGGUGUUGCGAAUCACGCUCGCGUACGCGUUGCACUGGAACGUAGCACGUCGUUGCGAGGCGAUACGUCAUCGCCGCCGAGAGUGUCGAUCGUCAUCCUCGUAGCGGUUCGAGUUAUUUAAUUUCACGCGUCUCCCAUAAUACCGGCCUUUCUUCCCCUCCUCUAUCCUGUUCGAAAACGUCAUUUACUCCUGUUAACGGUUGUUGCUGUUGUGCCGUUUGUUGUUGUUAUUGUUCUUCCCCGACGGGGGAGCAACUCAGUCGGAAUAAGUGUGCCGCGUGUGACAUGACGCAUCUCAAGAAGUGAAGAAGUUCCUGGAGUUUCGCGUCUCGCCGGAGUCAGGGCGCGAGAUACAUCGUAGAAAUAUUGCCACGCAUCGAGCGGGAAACCACGCAGGAAGGAUGUAUCCCAGCGCCGGAAUCAACGCAGCCGCCGUGGCCGCCGCCGCUGCCAGGCAUCCGGGUCCACCGCAGCCUGGACAGCCGUUCAAAUUUUCGGUCGGCGAAUCCUGCGAUCGUAUCAAGGAGGAAUUCAACUUUUUACAGGCUCAAUACCACAGCCUUAAAUUGGAGUGCGAGAAACUGGCCAGUGAAAAAAUAGAGAUACAGAGGCAUUACGUGAUGUAUUACGAGAUGUCGUACGGGCUUAAUGUGGAGAUGCACAAACAGACGGAAAUAGCGAAAAGGCUGAACGCGAUCGUUGUGCAGAUCCUGCCUUUUCUCUCUCAGGAGCAUCAGCAGCAAGUCGCUUCAGCACUCGACAGAGCCAAACAAGUGACCAUGACCGAGCUGAACACUAUCAUCGGGCAACAGAGGCCUGAUCUACCGAGACUCCUGCAACAGAUGCAUGCCCAGCAACUGCCACCGGGCGCGGCGAUGGGGCCGCAUCCGGGUAUACCCGGACUUCCUGGGUUGGGCCCGGGCGCGGGUAUACCGGUCCCCACCUCGGCAUCCGCAGCGCUUCUCGGUUUAGGCCUUCCCCCGGGAGCGGCUGCCACCCCCGGAGGUACGGCUGCACAUCCGCUGUCGAUGCUGACCAAACCGGAACUUCAUCGCGGUCAACCCGAUGAUCUCAAACCUAACGGAGGUCUCAAUCCGGCUGAGGAGAGGCAUAGGAACUCGAUAUCUCCAGCGGAACGGGAGAAGUAUAGACCGCGUAGCACACCCGAUCCGCAGCACGAACAUCUGCUGGGUAAGAAACUGAAGAAGGAACAGGACAAAGACAUAGGCCAUCAAAGCGAUGGUGAAAAGAGCGACCAAGACCUGGUGGUCGACGACGCGAGCGAGGGUCCGACCAGCCCGGCGGCGAAUGGCACGGCGUCACCGCGAGAAAACGGUCUCGACAAGUUGGGCCCAUCGGUGACUAUGAGCGGCCAGGUCAAGAAAGAAGUACCACCGCCAUCACCUAGAAGUGGUACUAGCAGCAAUGCGAGCACGCCUUCGGCCAAAAAGAUGGAAGAACGUGAGAAACCAACGACACCAAUCUCGAAACCGGUCACACCGACGUCGGCAGGUAGCAGUUCUGGCUCCGGUGGCCUAAAACCAUCGAGUUCCAGUAAACCGUUAGUUUCGGCUUCGGUGGUCGGCCCUUAUCCGCCGCACUAUCCGCCGCCACAUCAUCCACCCACAGGACCUCACGUGGACAUGCUGGGCUAUCCUCCAGCGGCACUCAACGGUGGUUACCCUACGAGACCUCCCCUUCAACAGCUUUAUGAUCCUCAUGGCAGCAUGAGAGCACCACUCGGACCGAUCAUUCCUCCCGGUGGUAAACCCAGUGCCUACAGUUUCCACGUAUCUAGCGAAGGUCAGAUGCAACCGGUACCGUUCCCACAAGAUGCGCUCAUUGGUCCGGGUAUUCCGCGACAUGCGCGUCAAAUAAAUACGCUAACUCACGGUGAAGUAGUCUGUGCUGUGACGAUCUCGAAUCCAACGAAGUACGUCUACACCGGUGGCAAAGGUUGCGUUAAGGUGUGGGACAUCAGCCAGGGUGGUAGUGCUAGUGCGAAACCCGUCUCCCAGCUUGAUUGUCUGCAACGGGACAACUAUAUCAGAUCGGUGAAGUUAUUACCUGAUGGGAGAACUCUUAUUGUGGGAGGCGAGGCGAGUAAUCUAAGCAUCUGGGACUUGGCUAGUCCGACACCGAGAAUCAAGGCAGAACUGACUUCUUCGGCGCCGGCGUGUUAUGCUCUAGCCAUCUCACCGGACUCGAAGGUCUGCUUCAGCUGUUGUAGCGAUGGCAACAUUGCCGUCUGGGAUUUGCAGAAUCAAACGUUGGUGAGACAAUUCCAAGGUCACACGGAUGGCGCCUCUUGCAUCGACAUAUCUGCCGACGGCUCGAAACUGUGGACAGGUGGUCUCGAUAACACUGUGCGCUCCUGGGACCUUAGGGAAGGUAGACAACUACAGCAGCACGAUUUCACGUCACAGAUAUUCUCUUUAGGAUAUUGCCCGACCGGGGAAUGGUUAGCCGUUGGUAUGGAGAAUUCGAAUGUCGAAGUACUUCAUGCCACGAAACCCGACAAAUACCAGUUGCAUCUGCACGAAUCUUGUGUGCUAUCGUUACGCUUCGCUUCAUGCGGCAAGUGGUUCGUUUCCACCGGCAAGGACAAUUUACUUAAUGCCUGGCGCACGCCAUAUGGUGCCUCGAUUUUCCAGUCGAAAGAAUCGUCUUCGGUGCUCAGCUGCGACAUUUCUACGGACGACAAGUACAUCGUGACCGGAUCUGGCGACAAGAAAGCUACCGUCUACGAAGUGAUGUAUUGAGUCACAUAUUGACUUGACGAUACACUUCGAUACAACAUCGAUUAAAGUUUCACGUGACAUUAAGUGUGACUUAUAACGGAGGAAUUGAAAAAAAGAAAAUUAAUUUUUUUUACUGCAAAUGUGACUAAUAAUAAAUGUGAAUUUAAGGAACUACGAAAUGCGAAUUAUAAAGUUUAACAAGAAUUGACAAGACUUAGUCGAUGUACUACGGUCGCUACAUUCGACAGAAGCCGAAUUAAAUUUCUAUAAUCCCAAAAAACUAAAUUAUACUCGGGGUAUAGCAAAUAAAAUAAAUUGUGGGGAUAUAAAUAUAUAUAAAGAUUAUGGCACUUAGCUGUAUAAAAUUGUAUAGAACCUGUAAUCGUAGGAUGGAGCGAAUGGAAUGUGAGAGAAAGAGAGAGAAAGAGAGAAACGCGUGCAAGUAUCCUGCGCCUGUAUUUAACGUGGGAGGCGAUAAUGAAAUCGCUUGUGUAAUAUGUUAACUGAUGUAAUAUAGAAUCUUUAUAAUUAUAAUUAAGUCCUUUUGCAUGUGAUCGUGAUGGAAACUGAGUGAAAAAUUAAACACAUUUCGUCGGAUGAAAUCGUUCUCUUGCAAUAAUGCAAUGACGAAACGAACGUCACGGCGAAAUACCGGAAUACGUACGGAAUGCCGAUCUAGUGUUGUAGACUUGUCAAAGUAGGGAUGUGUGUUGUGUCGCAGAAUUAUACAUAAUAUAUAUUGAGCACAUAUGUAGACAAGAAUGUUUACGUCAUGUAGCGGAGAAACUGUAGGGCUAUGAAAAACCGAUAAGUAUCGAUUACGCUAACAGUGUUGGACGUACGCGAUGCUGCGUUCGUUCGGUAUCGAAGCCAGCGAUGUGAUCUUUGACAUUUCUACCACCGACAAGAGGAAUAAUUUGUACUUAUUAUACUUUCAGUUUUAAAUACAAUUCUUUUGUAAUUAUAUGGCACUGUUACGUCUGCCGUUAAGACUUUAUUGUAAUUGAGAUUUUAUAAAACAUGUCGAGGGAGUAGGACGGUGAUAAAACAGAGAAAAAGGAGGGGAGCGAAAGAUACUUUUCGAUCUUUUGCAGUAAUUAUGAAACUGGCUUUCAUACGCCUAUUACGAGCGAUAUCGAAUACAAAUAGGAAACUCUACAAGUUGCGCGCCGAACGCGCACCGGAUAACUUGAUACAAUGUACAUUGUUUGCGAGUCUUGACUGCCAUAAUAGGCAUAUACAUACUACGCACACGCAUAUACGCGUAAACAAACACGAGCGAGCGGACCACGUUCGUGGGCGGAUUUUGCAGAAUAUUCGAUAAAGUAUUUUUGUGACUAUUCAUCGUGAGACCCUAGGCUUUAACCAUCGAGCAAAACCGGUCGAGCGUGAUCGACCACGCGCGCGUCUGCAUCGACGACUGCAGAGACGGGACGAUAUUAUGUAAAAUGAGGCGAAACACUUGAAUUCUUACACCACUCCUUCGGUACAGAUUACAAAGCCGGAGGUGCGUGCAUCUGGACUUUUAGGGUACUAGCUAGCGCAUUAUUAUUCGGAGGCCGUAUGGUGAAAGCGGGUGAUGCGUAAUGGAGAUUUAUAUUUUGUUACAGGAAGGCACAUACAUACACACACAUACACGUUGACAUCUGCUGUGACCGUUCAAAAUUCAAUAUUAUACGCCACGAUAUUAUAACUGCCGCGAUAAGAACUUUGCAAACUGUAACCGUGGUUAACAUUCACCGGUUGAGCUGCGACAUGCGAACUGGAUUGAACGGAUUCUCGGAUUUUGGACAAUCACAGCCCCCGUUCGUAUAGACCAAUAGAAACAACGAUACCUCAAGAAGACUCAAUAGUUAAUUAUCUCUAACUCAUUGACUUGUACAGAAUCGAUAUUCUUUUACAGUUGAAUAACACACGCACCGUGAAAAAGAAAGCAUUACGCGAGAUAAAAAAAAAAAGAUCGCAUAGCCGCGACAAUGAUUGUACCCUCUGCCUCUUCCCCAUUUCCUCCCCUUUCCUAGCCCCAUCCAGAACCGUUAAUACGUUGAAUUGCGUCUCCGUGCUCGCAUUUUGCACUCCGCGAAAGCGUACCGAAAGCCGCCGUAAGAAAGAACAUACGUUCGUAAUAAACGGAAGACAGGCAGCGUAAAUCUUUUUCCAAGCACCGUUCAAGUUGUUCCUAUAGCUACGCGAAAAUUGUUUCUUUCGGCAAUUAAAUCCUCUAUAUCUAUAUA